UGUAAGAAAAAAAAACAAAGGGGUCAAAAAGAAGGAAAAUCAAAACUUGGGGGCGAAACCAUAAAAUAAAGAGAAAAAGCAGAGUCCAGAAUCCGUUGCCUUGUGCAACUGGAACAAAACACACGCCACGAUGAAUGAAUGAAUUGCAUAUCGUGUAGGGAUUUUGGAAUUCGAUGAAGAACUGGGCUUUGUCUUUCUUCUCCGAAGAACUUUCCCGGCGAGCUCUUUCUGAUUCUUAUUUAUGGGCCACCGCGAUUUCGCUUCUCUUAAUCCUUCUCUUUCAUAUCUUCUUUUCCUCUAAAUUUCGCUUCUUCACUUCUUCUUCUUCUUCUCCUUCACCUACCGAAUCAGUUUCUCAUGCCAUAAACUCUCAAUCAAGGAUAUCCAAACUAGUCUCUGAUGAAGAUUUGAAAUUUCUGAUCGAGAAUUUGGAGGAAACAAAUGAUUCUACGGAGAUAUGGGAAAAUGUUAUUCACAAAAGCAACCAUCGCAUUUCAUACACUGCUAAACGCUGCAAACCCAAAGAUGGUGGUGGUCCUAUGAAGUACCUAAGUGUUACGGUCUUCGAGGAUUGCUCUGCAGAGAUUGUGAGGGAUUUUUACAUGGACAAUGAUUAUAGGAAACUAUGGGAUAAGACUGUUGUUGAGCAUGAGCAGUUGCAGGUUGACAGUAGUACCGGAAUUGAGAUUGGUCGCACAAUCAAAAAGUUUCCCUUGUUGACAUCAAGAGAGUACGUACUAGCUUGGAGAUUGUGGCAAGGAAAGGGCAAGUUUUACUGUUUCACAAAGGAAUGUGAUCACAAUAUGGUACCGCGACAGAGGAAUUACGUACGUGUAAGCUAUUUUAGAUCUGGUUGGAGAAUCAGGCAAGUUCCCGGUCGAAAUGCUUGUGAGAUCAAAAUGUUUCACCAGGAGAAUGCUGGGUUAAAUGUUGAGAUGGCGAAGCUCGCCUUCUCAAAAGGCAUAUGGAGUUACGUUUGUAAGAUGGAAAACGCUCUUUGUAAAUACAUAGCAACCAGUCAUAGAACCCAAGGACCCAUUUUAUCUGCUGUCACCUUAAUGAAAAAGGUUCCAUCAGAGUUAGAAACUCAGACAGAUAAUGUCACAGCCUCCAUUGGAACAAGUAGUGGUGAAGGACUGUUAAGUCAUGUUGUAGCCAAACAGAAGAAAAAAUUGAGAAAGCCAUCAAAGAAACUGAUAGCAAAAGGUCUAGUACUUGUGGGCGGUGCGAUCUGUUUGUCCCGUGGUCACUCCGCCUUAGGUGCUAAAGUCGCAUUGGCUUACCUCUUGACGAAGCUGAACAAACGUGGAACUUCUCUGAAUCAGACCAUCCAGAACACCAGCAUUUAAGCGAAAUUGAAAUUCGAUGUUCAUAUGAAUGUAAAAGCAUACAUUAUAAACAUACAAGCCAUAAGGUUGUCAUUGUUGUAAUUGUCUGUAAGGUCUUUAUCCUUUUUCAAAAUCUACGUUUGCAAUUUUUCCUUUCCUCAUUCUAAAGGAUAGAUUUCGAUUGGUUAUUUUA